GAGAGCAGCAUUUUAGAGACAGUCACACAAUGGUCCACAGCUGAACAAGUUCAGACAAACUGGUGGACUAUACGUUUCAGAAAUAUUUUAUUAUUUCUAUAUGCCGCUAUUCUCAUGUGGAUCUAAGUCUUAAGACGUCUGUCUAUUUCCAAAGUUUGAACCAGUUGAUAUUUUGCGCACACAUAUCGCAAAGUGGAAAAAUGCCUCGGUCUUUCUUGGUCAAAAAGUAUUUCGCCAACAAAAAACCCAACUACAGUGAACUGGAGUGUCAAAAUGCCACCUCACUGGAGAGGUACCCACUAGCUGAGCUUCCAGCAGGGGACAACAACUCAGCUACCACCUGUUACACAACGGGACUGGUAUGGGACGUGAGCUUUCUUCCAGCCCUCUACGUCCCCACAUCCCCCACUGAUGCCUCCCCCACCCCUGGGCCCCUGGACCUAAGCUCCCCCUCCAGCCUCAGCAGCAGUGCCAGUAGCAGUGGGGAGGAGGACGAGGGGCGCACCUCUGACCCCCCCAGCCCCGAACCCACAGACACCUACCACCCCCCUCAGCGCCCCAAACGCACCAGCACCAAGAGUCAUGGGGCCCCGAAUGAGGACGAGAGAGUGGCCCCAGUCACUGCAGCAAGGCCAGCCUUCUUCUGCAAGCACUGCCCUAAAGAGUACACCAGCCUGGGGGCUCUGAAGAUGCACAUCCGCUCACACACGCUACCCUGUGUCUGCCCCACCUGCGGGAAAGCCUUCUCCAGGCCCUGGCUGCUGCGCGGCCACAUUCGCACACACACUGGUGAACGCCCAUUCUCCUGCCAACACUGUAACCGUGCCUUUGCUGACCGCUCCAACCUGCGGGCGCACCUGCAGACCCACGCUGAGGUGAAGAAGUACCAGUGUGGUGUGUGUUCCCGUACCUUCAGCCGCAUGUCCCUCCUCCAGAAACACAGUGCAGCCAGCUGCUGCUCCUCCUCCACAGCGUGAGCAGGAAUGAGCCAGGCAGUUAUCCCCAGAGAGACCUCAGGGUGGUGGGGGCAUCUACAGACCCAUACCAUCAGCAAGACCAGAGGAGCCUGAACCAAUCUACCAACAGAGACCAUGGAUCCACCAUUUACUAGUAGGAGAGGAAGUUGACCCUGGCUCAUAUCUCUUUGAAUGCAACUUCCAUAGCCAUCUCAGUUUCUCUGUUUCAAACACAUUUAAAGAAAGAAGAGGAACACAUUUUUCAAACUCCUCCCAUUGCAAGCCAAAUCUGGUAGAUGUUCUGAACUCUGUAAUCCUGCCAUUCUCCCAGUCCCAACAUUGUUUUUCCUCAUAUAUAUUGUGGACUCAUGGGGGUUAGUGUGCCGGUGUACUUUUGAGUCUAUCCCAGCCUCGGUGUUGGCCAGGCCAGCUCAGGAUAAUCAUGGCCUAGACACAGACACAGCUGCUGAGAGAUGUAGGGGUGUGUGGGUGGGAUACAUCUCUCAGCAUGACACACACACACACACACACACACACACACACACACACACACACACACACACACACACACACACACACACACACACACACACACACACACACAGCUGUCCCUGGUAGAGUGGUGUAGAUAGACACGGUGCUAACAGGUGCUCUGGCCCUGACCUCUACUGGGUCGAUAACAGGUGACUUCCACCGCCCCCAGAAAGAGGAAGUAUGUCAUCAUCACAAAGAGGAUGGAGUCCGUUGGUCCCUUUGUAUGCUUUUGUCUCCAGUGGGUUCGUCUUAAGCCGUUAUUUUGACCACACCAAGCCCCACUGUAAUCUGAUGUGUUUCCUAGAUAGGAUAAAGCCAUUUGUUUCUGUCAUUAUUCCUCAUGGAAGCUCUGCUCCUUCAAUGUUGUUUUAAUUCCUGAAUGAAAAUCUAAGCCAUGCACUCCAGGUUACCACAGUGUUAAAUAUUCCCAUUGUUCUCGACAAUGGUAGAGAGAACCACCGUUUUUGUAAGAUAUAAACUUAUUUUAUGAAUUGUAUUAUUUCUAAACCAAAGAUGUGCCGUGCCUUCUUACCUCAUCUGGUAGUUGUUGUUUAAAAAAAAAUCUUGACUAAGUGUAUUAAUAU